AUGACGGAAUCGUUUUUGAAAUACAAAUAUGAAAAAGCUGGACAAGGCCACUUGUUUAAAUAUUGGGACACCCUCUCCGAAGAUGAACGUCAAAGUUUUGCAUCCCAGCUUUCUACCAUCCAGGACCCGGCUGCCUUUUUGAGUGAUGUUCAAGAGGCAAUAAAGUACAGCUCUUCGUUGGCGGAAUCAAAGAUUUAUAAACCAUUACCCACCUCAAUAUGUUGUUCAUCUACCAUAGAUGAAUCGAAGAAAACAUUGUCUAUAUGGUAUCAUGAGGGUUUGAAGCUCAUCUCUCAGAGUAAAGUGGGUAUCAUUUUGAUGGCUGGUGGACAAGGAACUAGAUUGGGAUCUUCAGCGCCCAAAGGAAUGUAUAAUGUUGGUCUUCCCUCUGGUAAAUCCUUAUUCCAGCUACAAUGUGAACGAAUUCUAAAACUACGGCAGUUAGCAUCGGAAGAGUUCAGUGUCCCUUCUCAUAAUGUUCAUCUUCCACUAUAUAUUAUGACUUCCAAACCCACCCGGGCUGCAACCGAAAUGUUCUUCACAAAACAUCACAAUUUUGGUUUGGAACCGAAUGAUGUCAUUUUUUUCAAUCAAGGAAUAUUGCCCGCAGUUAGCAUGGAUGGUAAGCAAUUUCUUUUGGGAUCUAAGAAUAGUAUCGUUGAAAGUCCUGACGGAAAUGGUGGAUUAUACAAAGCUCUUCAUGACAAUAAGAUUUUGGAUGAUUUUCAUAAACGGUCAAUCGAGCAUAUUCAUGCAUACUGUGUUGAUAACAUUCUUGUCAAAGUUGCAGAUCCGGUUUUCAUUGGGUAUUCUGCUAUAAACAAGUAUGAUAUUGCUACUAAGGUUGUUAGAAAACAGGAUCCAUCAGAAAAGGUGGGUUUAAUCGUCCUUGAUGCCAAUACAAAUGCACCAUGCGUGAUAGAGUAUUCAGAAAUUAGCAAAGAAUUGAGUGAAAUGAAAGACCCACAUGAUCCUAAUCUUUUGAUGUUUAGAGCCGCUAACAUUGUUAAUCACUACUACAAUGUCAAGUUUCUGUCCGAAAUGAUCCCUAAAUGGAUAUCUUCGAGGAAGUACCUUCCGUAUCACAUAGCUAAAAAGAAGAUCAAGUAUUUUGAUUAUGUGACAGGUGUAACAAAGAACCCUGAAACACCAAAUGGUGUAAAAAUGGAGCAAUUCAUUUUUGACGUCUUUCCGUCUGUUAAGCUAAGCAGGUUCGGGUGCUUAGAAGUUCAAAGAUCUGAUGAGUUUUCUCCCCUAAAAAAUGCUCCAGGAUCGGGAUCCAGUUGUCCUGAAACUUGUAGGUUGGAAUUUUUGAAGAGGAGCACAAAUUGGCUUCUCAAAUGGGGAGCCCAAGUUGAUCAUAAGGACACAUUAGUUGAGGUGGAUCCUUCGACUAGUUAUGAUGGUGAGGGCCUACAGUUUGUGAAAGGAAAGUUAUACCAUGAUGGAGAUAUUUUAUGA